AUGAAAAUGGAGGGACAAAGGAAAGACUGCGCAAAAGGAGAAGGAUUGCAGGGUGCCAGGUCAGGCCCUGAUGUCUUUCGGUCUGGGAGUCUUGGAGAAGUCCUGCAGAGAAUACCUGGGGCACAACUGGUUAAGCAGGAGCCAGGCGAGGGCCUCCUUCCGCACUGGGAGGUGCAAUGGCAAGAGUUUCUGAAGACCAUUGAGCCUCCCCAGUCCCAUAGGGAGACCCCACCAUUCCCAGAGGAACCCACACCGUGGGAAGACACAAAGGCCUUUCUUGCCUCCUUUGAGCAAGUGGCUGGAGCCUGCCAGUGGCCCAGGGAAGAGUGGGUGGCCCAUCUCUUGCCAGCCCUUAGUGGCGAAGCUGAGCUGGCCUUCAUGAAGCUGGAUGUCAGAGACAGAGAGGACUAUGGGAAGGUGAGGGCAGCCAUCUUGCAAAGGGACGUCCUGAGGAGAGAGAACCACCGGCAGCUCUUCAGGCAUUUCUGCUACAAGGAAGCUGAGGGGCCAAGAGGGGCAUACAGCCAGCUCCAGGAACUUUGCCACAGGUGGCUGAAGGUUGAGAGAAACACCAAGGAGCAGAUCCUGGAGUUGCUGAUCCUGGAACAGUUCCUGAGCAUCCUACCGCCUGACAUCCAGAGCUGGGUCAGAGGACAUGGGCCAGAGACCUGUUCCCUGGCUGUGGCCCUGGCAGAGGAUUUCCUGCAGAUGCAACAAGAGAACAACAGACAGGAACAGCAGAUGCUGACUUUACUGGAGGGAGCAGCUGUGAAUUCCUCAAAGUCACAGGAAGCACCAUCUUGCCCUGGCGACCAACCACUACACUGGCAGGUCAAGCAACAGGUUGACAGGAGUGCCAAGUUACUAGAUGAUAUGGAGUUGAACAAGUAUGAAGAGAACAACAAUCAGCUGGAACAUCUGGAGCUGGCGGAAUCAAUGGGGAUGUUGCAGAGGAGAGCAAUGGAGAACGUUUCCCGAAACCAGGCAAAGACUUCUGAGAACAGGAAGAGCCCAAAAAGGCUUUACAGAAACCAUUCUGCCAGCAAGAUGAACAGUCCCCCUCCUGAUGUGCUAAACAAGACCUGCAGUGAGCUCAUACUGUGCUCCAGGGAAGAGACGCACAUUAUACCCAAGGAGGGCUCCAGAGAGGACUCAGUCCUUCCUCAGCAUAAGAGAGUCUAUGGACACGAGACCUCGUUCCAGUGUGCCAAAUGUGGGAAAAUCCUCAGCCGCAAGGACCACCUGAUAAGGCACCAGCGAAUCCAUUUGGCGGAAAAACCCCAUAAAUGUUCCUACUGUGGAAAAAGCUUCUUUGAACGUUCAGACCUCAUCAGGCAUGAGAGAACUCACACCGGAGAGAGGCCAUAUAAAUGUAGCCUCUGUGAGAAAAGUUUCAGCCACAAGUGGCUGCUUAUUAAACAUGAACGGACCCACACCGGGUAGAGACCCUGCAACUUUUGUAGCUGAGGGGACAGACGCCGUUUGGAUUCGGACCAAGAAAGACUAAAUAUUUAGUGGAUGGGGAGGGGUUUUGUUUACAAGUCAUUGCUUCUUAAGUAUAGGAAGAUUCUUUGUGAAAAAGCCAUUAAUUUGGCUCUGGGAGCUCCCUACUGUUACGAUACAGGAAACCCCACCCCAUUUCACCUGUGUAACUACAUUCUGCUUCUGGACUUCCAACUACGUAUUAAGGAACAGGUUGCUGGGCUAGAAAGACCCUUAGUCUGAUCCUGCAGGGGUCCUCUUUCAUUCAUCAGUCACUGCAGGAUCUGAACCUAGGUUUGCCAACUUUGGGUUUGGGAAUUCCUGGCAAUAUGGGGGUAGAGCCUAAGAAGGGCAGGGGUUUGGGGAGCGACGUUAGCAUAAGGCCACAGGGUCCAUCCUCCAAAGCAGCCAUUUUCUCUGGGGGAACUGAUCUCUAGUCUGAAAAUCAGUUUGUAAAACUGGGAGAUUUUCAGGGGGGGGCCCUGGAGGUUGGCAACCAUAACUGAACCCCAACAUUUAAUAAGCUUUUAUGCUCUGGUUGCACAAUCCAAGGGGAAUAUAAACUCCACAUCAUAUCGUGCUAACUGUGCAAGGGUGUAGUCACCCAUACCUAGACUCCAUCUUAACAGAAAGGCGUGCCAUUCUUACAAUCCCAAGGAAAUCAGUCUCCUCAAUGGGAAGCCAAAGAGGCAAAAGCCAGACAUUCCAGCCCCUUCUCUUCCCAUGUUGCUGUCCCAAUCCAAAUAGGGGCCUGCUGUACUUGGAAACUUAGUUUUCCACAAGCCAUGUAUGACUGUGAGGCAGCUAGAGUCAGUUCAGCAGGGACUCAAACCAGACUUCUGCCAAAACAUCUCAUCUGGUUUAGUCCAAAGAUGUCUUACAGAAUGAGAAAUGAUAGAGGUGAAGAGUUGUCAGGAAUCCAAGAGCAAACUCUGCACUGCCACUGUGCUAAAACAAUCGUGCAGGAUGUUCAUGUGCAUAUUUAUGACUUACGGUCAGACCUUGUGUGUGCCACUUUCUAAUAAAGGAAUUGCAAAAACCA